AAGGAGUGAUGACUAUUGAUAACUUCCAUUUUUAUACGUUCGCGCUUCUGUUGCCCUUUUCGUUUUCGUCAUUACUAAUUCCCCAAUUUCGCAACCCAAACUAAACUUAUAAAAUUGCAAUCACAAGUCGCCAGAUUAUACAACUUUUCUCAUCUCGUUAAUUACGAAUUACAUAAGAAUAAAGAUGUCGAAGAAAAAAGCUUUUAGCGGUAGCACUAUGACUCUCAAGGACUUUCAUGGCGGUUCUAUUCCUUCCGACAUUUCUCUUCCUUCUGCUCCUGGCCUGAUUGUGAGACCGACUGAUCGAUCCGUUUUUGAUCGUCCAAAUGUUUGGGGGAAUUCAAUUGGAGCGGGUCGAUCUGAUCAUCGUUUGCGCCCUCGCUCGUCGAGUUCCGUUAGGAAUUUGGAUGAUUGUAAAACUCCUUUUCUUACUAGUAGUGUUAAUAUAGGUAGGAAUUUUGAUGAGGAUGAGAGAAAACCGCUUGAUGGUGGUGGACCUCCUCCCCCUCGUAGGACUGUUAGUGAUGAGAGUUUUGGGGGUUCGGUUAUGCUUUUGGAGCCACGAGUCGAUAAUAGGAAGGUUUCUGUGCAGUCGAGUUUGGGGCCGGUGGGUGCUCAAAUUGGUGGAAUUAGUGGGAGUUCUUACUCGGCUAGGGUUGUAGAGGGAGGUCAGUCGGAUGUAGGUGUGAGCUCUCGGCCAAAUGUGUGGGGUGCUAGAAAAGAGGCGAAUGGAGUGGGUGAGUUUGUGUCUUCUACUAGGAGUAGGCAGAGCUUGGUUUCUGAAUUUGCGCAGGCGAGUGCGCUGGAUAAGAUUUCGUCGGGUAGAUGGCAAACUAAGCCUGUGCAAAACAUGGUGGAGGUAGAGGUUAUAAGGCCUUUGGAGUCUCCUAAUAGUUUUUAUGGUUGGGAGAAAGACUCGUAUGUAGAUGGUGGUGUUAGUUUUAUGAGUAAAAGGUCUCUUGGAAUAGAAGUGAAUAGAGGUAGUUUUAAGGAGAUGCAUAGUGGUGAGAGAGUGCAUUCUCCUGCGCAGAAUUCUGUAUUGUUUACUAAUGAGGGUCAACCAGUUUUCCCUGAAGCGACAUUUGGGGCUUCUGAGUUGCUACAGCCUCCAGAAGUGUCUGAAAGGCCCAAGUUAAAGCUGCUUCCAAGAACAAAGCCGCUAGAAAUUCAAGAGGCACCUGUAGUUGUGCAUAGUCAGGGUUCUCAACAGCAGAUUGAUACUAUUCACUCAGAAGCUGCAAGUGUCCUUGAAAAUCCAGGGCAUGUGAUUGCUAGACCGAGCAGCAGUGAAUCAAGUCACAGAAAGCCAGGGGUAAGUGGCAGUGAAGCAGGGCAAGGGGCUGUAGAGCGUCCAAAGUUGAACUUAAAGUCCCGUUCUCAGCCAGUUAACCAUUCAGACGGAAGCACUGAAAUAGAAAGGAAGGCAUUGUUUGGUGGUGCUCGGCCACGAGAAAUGGUUCUUAAGGAGCGAGGUGUUGAUGAUGUUGUCACCAGCUAUGACGAAGUUCAAGCUCCAAGCCGCAUAAAAAACAAUGCCCCUCACAGUGAAGUAAUACCUGCUCAUCCAAAUACCUCUCGCCAAAGUGAAAGGGUCAAUAAUCUUUUUAUCGAUCAGAGGAUUGAGAGAGGUCAUGAGAAGAGAGAUCAAAGAGGAAAUAUCCACAGAUUUGAUUUGCAGAGAAAGAAUUGGCAUAAUGAUAACCGGAGAGGUGGCCGGGACACUGAGAAGCACCAGCAGGAGAGGCAACCUUCACCAGAGACUUGGCGCAAACCUGUUGAGCCGCCAAACUUUAGCAAUUCUGGACUGCGGUUUGGGAAGGCUGUUUCUGCUGUUGACCUUGUACAAGCUUUUUCAAGAUCGGUUUCAAGCCCUAAACCUGUUGAUCAAUUUUCUAGUCAAAAGGGACUAUCUGGCCAAAAGGGUCUUCCUGCUCGUUCGCUGGUACCUUUCUCAAGGCUCACAGGACCUACAUCAAGGGCUCAGAUCAAUGGUUACUGAUGUUUCAAGACAUAAUAGCUCAAGAAUGGUCAGACAGGAGUUGUCUACAACAGUGAAUGGACCUGACGAUUCAUGGAAAUAAGUUGUAUAAGCUUAGGAAUUAGGUGUGAAACAUGGUGGGCGAACAAGUGGAAUUCAACCAUCCUUGAUUUUUUCAUUUGAUUUUUGAGUCCUAAUAUCAAUUAUCAACCUAUUUGCUCAUCUGUUUCCUAUGUUCAGUUAAAACUGAUAUGGACUCAGACUCGAUGAUGGGCAAGUGCUCAGUCUUGGGCAAAUCAAAGAGGAUUCACUGAUGUUUUGGCUCGUACCAAUUUGAUAUCAAUCAUAUUGGUUCAUAAACGUUUCAGAUGAUUUCUUUUGGGUUUUCAUGACUUGCUUUUGAGCAUGUUCCUGAUAUAUUUUUAAUGUAUUAGCAUGCAAGGAUAUCAGAUUUCAUCCCACCGGACCUUGUAUUUUUUGCCAAAUGUAGGGGUGGGGGUAUUUGUUCAUUCAUUGUAAUGUGCACCAACUUGUAUGGUGUUGAGUCAAUAAUCUGUGUAAUCAGCAACCUAUCCAUAGAGGAUGACUAACUGUAUUUAAACACAAUAUUGAACUUAUCAUUUUCAAAAUCAGGCAUGAGUAACAAUACUUGCUCUAUCCCUAUGAAUUUGCACCAUAUAACUAAAAAUACUCGUAUAAUUGACUUAUAUGGUGUAAAUUUAAAGGGACAAAGAGAGCAAACUGUUUUAAAGACUGAAGAUCUCUAUUGUUUGUGAUCAAGUAUUCUACAAGAUUUAUAAUG